CACCCGUGUCGGUGAGUGCAACCGCGGGAGCAAGCAACAGGGAGCCGGUCGAGUUGGGGACGAGGACUGGGCCGCCAAGACCGCGAGUUUGAAGAACCUAGGACCCCUGCCUGGAGGGACACUCCAGAGCCGCACUAUCGGGGAACCCCAGCCGCGGGAAGGGAUCGAACUCACGACUGCCUGCUUGCAAGGCAGGCGUUUAUGCUGCUGAGCCAAAUCCCCAGCCCCCUCAACUGGACUUUUCAACAGUGGCCCCGGGCGCCGCCAUGACGACCGCCAUCUUGGAGCGCCUCAGCACGCUGUCGGUGAGCGGCCCGCAGCUGCGCCGCCUGCCCAAGAUCCUGGAGGGCGGCCUUCCGCAGAUGCCCCGCACCGUCCCCGAGACCGACGUGCCACAGCUCUUCCGCGAGCCCUACAUCCGCGCCGGCUACCGCCCCACUGGCCACGAGUGGCGCUACUACUUCCUGAGCCUCUUUCAGAAGCACAACGAGGUGGUGAAUGUGUGGACGCACCUGCUGGCGGCGCUCGCCGUGCUGCUGCGCUUCUGGGCCUUCGCCGAGGCCGAGGCCUUGGCCUGGACCGCGCCGCGCGCCCUGCCGCUGCUGCUCUUCGUGCUGUCCUCCCUCACCUACCUCACGUGCAGCCUGCUGGCGCACCUGCUGCAGUCCAAGUCCGAGCUGUCGCACUACACCUUCUACUUCCUGGACUACGUGGGCGUCAGCGUCUACCAGUACGGCAGCGCGCUUGCGCACUUCUUCUACAGCUCCGACCAGGCCUGGUACGAGCGCUUCUGGCUCUUCUUCCUGCCCGCGGCCGCCUUCUGCGGCUGGCUGUCCUGUGCUGGCUGCUGCUACGCCAAGUACCGUUACCGCAGGCCCUACCCGGUGAUGAGGAAGCUCUGCCAGGUGGUCCCGGCGGGGCUGGCCUUCGUGCUGGACAUCAGCCCGGUGGCGCACAGAGUGGCGCUCUGCCACCUGGCCGGCUGCCAGGAGCAGGCGGCCUGGUACCACACCCUCCAGAUCCUCUUCUUCCUGGUCAGCGCCUACUUCUUCUCCUGCCCGGUGCCUGAGAAGUACUUCCCUGGGUCCUGUGACAUAGUGGGGCACGGGCAUCAAAUCUUCCACGCCUUUCUGUCAGUCUGCACGCUGUCACAGCUGGAGGCCAUCCUCCUGGACUACCAGGGGCGCCAUGAGCUCUUCUUGCAGCGCCAUGGUCCCAUGUCUGUCUACGCAGCCUGCCUGUCCUUCUUCUUCUUGGCUGCCUGCAGUGCUGCCACUGCAGCGCUCCUGAGGCAUAAAGUCAAGGCCAGACUGAUCAAGAAAGAUUCCUGAGGCUGCAGGUGGGGGCAAGGUACAGAGGUGGCCCCUUGUGAUUCGGGGAGUACUUGAUGCAGCAACGGAAGUUGACUUUUCAUUUUUAAGUGUUGAUUUUUAAAUUAACGUGCGUUUCCAAGGAUACACUGUGGCUGCAGCAUUUCAAAGCCAAAGGAUUCAAGAAUUUUGUUAUUAAUAAAAGGAAAAUUCCUUUUUUCUAUGGGUCAUGGACUCACAGGGAAAGGAUUUUGGGUAAGACUUGUGAGACACAGAACUAGAAAGAACCUUCCAUCUUUGUGUCUGAAAAUUUAGCAGAAUUCUCACUAAGGAUUCCAGAGGCAAGUCCUAGAACUGAAUGUAUAAUAGAAUUGGUCUGGAAAGUAAGUAGGUGGCUGGUCCUCAUCCUACGGUAAUGGCCAUUGUACCGUGUUGGUCUUUGGCAGUUGAACGUGUUGACCUCGGGACCCUGUCUUAUUUGGAGUUAAGAUUACCUAGGGUGGAAGUCACAAUAUUCAAGAUGAUAUAGUGAAACCCAUAAUGAAUUACACACAAUGAAUUAUUUGGUUCAUCUGAUUUCUAGUCCCUACUAUAACACCCUUUUCUCAGGACAACUGUCUGCCUGACUGUUUAGUCUGAAAUAGUGUUUACUCCCAUCCCUGUUUUGCAUGAUAAUAUAAAGGACUAUGAAGCAGUCUUAUUUACUCCAGGAAAUUCUUGGAGCCAGGUAAUCAUUCAGGAAGCUUAUUCUGACAUAACACCAAUGUAAAUGGUACUAGAAAGUACGUGCCAAGAGCCACCAGGAGGCCAACCACCAAGUAUAGACACCCUUCCUUGAUCUGUGUCAUGGACCCUUUUUGUUUUAUACUGUAGUAGGCAGAAUUGGUUGGGAGCUAUUAAAUAGGGCUGCCUUACUGACCCUAGAUCUGGGUGUUGCUCCAGGGAUCUGCAGAUUUGAUCAGCAUGUUUAAAAUGACUUUGUUAGGGUGAACUGGUUCUAAGGAUCCUCUGGAGGAUCUGAUUAUUUCAAGAGGGAUUUAAGGUCCAGUCUUUAUGUAGAUUCUGCCCCCUGUAGGAUCGACAUAACUACCCUAAUCCAGGGUUUUCAGGCAGACAGUUGUGGCUGUUUAGAGUCGAACCCUUAAAAUAGUCAACUCCUGGGACAAGCAAACAUGCAUGCGCCAUGUGGUUGGUCCCUGGAAGCCUCCUUUUGAGUAAGAAUGAAUGAAGCACGCACCUUGUAGCCAAAACAUCAUUGGGAACAUUGCUCCCCAGCAGCUUCUGUGGGACAAGGGGUACUGCAGUUAAAGUGUUCCAGCCACAUACCCCUAAGAACUGCCUUCUGCGCUAAUCCAGUGAAGAUGGCUGCGCAGAGGAGGGGCUGUGGAGCCCUCUCUUCACAGACUACACUUCCCAGCAGUGUGACAUCCCUGUUUACUAAGAAAUGGAAGUGGCUUGUUUUAACUUCAGUUUAAUGAGCCUUUAUUAUUAGGUUUUUUGUUUUCAAGCCUUUAUGUUUUUUUUCUUUGAGAGAAUUGUGAGUUUUGUGCCUUAUAAAUGCAAAUGUAUGAACACUUUAAUAUAUGCGUAUGUGGAAUUUUCUGUUUAGGAUUAUUGAGACAAGAAAAAACUUCACUGUUGUCUAGCCAAUGACUAAAGGAAACCUCAGAAAGUUAUAAUUACUUAUCAUUCAAGAUUUGCAGUCUGUAUUUGGCAAAAAAAAAAAAUUCACCUGAAGAUUUCCUAUAAUCUUUAAAUCAAGAAAGCAUGUGUCCUGUGUUACACUGUUUUGCUACAUGAAUUUCUUGUUAAUUCUGAAAUAUCUGAACUUUUUAUGCUACCUAAAGUGUCUUACACGAGCUUCUGUUGUCUAUGCCAAAUUCACAGCAAAUAAAGUUAACAGAACUAAA